UCCGGCCGCUGAGUGGGCGGGGCCUCGGCGUUGAGUCUGCCGCGGUCCCAGCGUUCCCCGCGCGGGCGACGAGCGCGGAUCCGGUGACUCACCUCCGCCGCGCUAACUCUCCCCGGUCUUCCCUCACACACGCUCACGCCCGGCUCGAUAUGGCGGCGGCGGCGGCGGCUGGGGACUCCGACUCCUGGGACGCGGACACGUUCGCAGUGGAAGACCCGGUGCGGAAGGUGGGGGGCGGCGGCACUGCCGGCGGGGACCGCUGGGAGGGCGAGGACGAGGACGAGGACGUCAAGGAAAACUGGGAUGAUGAUGAAGAUGAAAAAAAAGAAGCAGCAGAAGCAAAACCAGAAGUAAAAAUUUCAGAGAAGAAAAAAAUAGCAGAGAAAAUAAAAGAGAAAGAACGGCAGCAGAAGAAAAGGCAAGAGGAAAUUAAAAAGAGAUUAGAAGAACCUGAAGAACCUAAAGUGCUAACUCCAGAAGAACAAUUAGCAGAUAAACUGAGGCUUAAGAAAUUACAGGAAGAGUCUGACCUUGAAUUAGCAAAAGAAACUUUUGGUGUUAAUAAUACAGUUUAUGGAAUAGAUGCUAUGAACCCAUCCUCAAGAGAUGACUUCACAGAGUUUGGAAAGUUACUAAAAGAUAAAAUUACACAAUAUGAAAAGUCACUAUAUUACGCCAAUUUUUUGGAAGCCUUAGUUCGAGACGUUUGUAUUUCAUUGGAAAUUGAUGACUUGAAAAAGAUUACCAAUUCAUUGACUGUGCUCUGCAGUGAAAAACAGAAGCAAGAAAAGCAAAGCAAAGCCAAAAAGAAGAAGAAAGGUGUGGUUCCUGGAGGGGGAUUAAAGGCCACCAUGAAAGAUGACCUGGCAGAUUAUGGCGGUUACGACGGCGGAUAUGCACAAGACUACGAAGACUUCAUGUGACGCCCUGCCUUCCCCGGCGUCGUCUUUCUGUUGCCCACAGUCCCUUCACCAUGUAGCACAACUUCCUUUCCCUUCAGUUCUGCCAAAUGCUACAAUCAGAAGUGCAGUAUCUUUUGUGCUGGUUAUUUAAUCCCUUGACACUUAGGUGCUAAUGUGCAAAUGAGGGAACUUGGAUCUUGUUGCCAAGGGGUUAAAAUUGGGAACCUCUGUUGCUACUAAAUCAUAGUUUUAAAAAACAAACCUAAUAAUGUUGUCAUUGUUGCUAUCUGAUUCCAUAGCAGCAGUCACUAAAUUGGAAACAAAGGUUGCAACAUGACAAAAAAAAUUGUGUCCUAUUUACCAGCACCAUUCAGUAAUACAGCCUUAACCAUACCUCCUUGAACUACUUCAUAACUUGUCAAGAAAAGCGGUCUGCUGCAAGGGCAUGUGGUGUCCACCUAGUAUUAAAAUUGCUUUGUCUUAAAAUUGAGCGUGAGGAUAUUAAAAAUACAUUGUGACGAAGACUGCUAAUCUCAGAGUGAAGACACGGCGGCUGCAAAGCACUAGUUUGAUAAGCAAAUGACCAAAACCCUCCAACUUUGAAGCUGAAGAAGGUAAGCCUCUCCAUCGCUGCAUUACGAGCUGUGGAGUCUCUCGACUGCACAGACUGUCUAGUUGCCAUUUAUCAGGCUGUUCUGGUGACGGAGAGCUUCAGAUGGGGCCAGGGGGCUCCUCGCCGGUUUUAUUUGCCUGAUGUAAGUGUCCGAGAAACAAAUCUUCCUUUGUUCUCCAAGGCUGCAGUGGAACAACUUUCAACAGGGUUUUGGCAUUUCCUUUCCUUUAUAAAACAUGCUCAGCAAACUGCACCGGUUAACUACAGUUUGGUAAAUUGUUAUGUUAACAAUUAUGACAUCUGCAAUGUUUUAUAAAGCAACUAAUUUAAUAAAGUCACUAUUGUGAGGACUUAAA